AUGUCACACUCCGAUCAUUCUCGCGAUCCAUGUCCUUGGGUCAUCCUCAACGACUUCGGAGGUGCAUUCGCAAUGGGUGCUAUCGGAGGCACGGUAUGGCAUGGUGUCAAAGGAAUGCGGAAUAGUCCUAAAGGCGACAGGUUGAGUGGAUCGCUAGCGGCCAUCAAAGCCCGGGCUCCAGUCGUAGGAGGCAACUUUGGCGUGUGGGGAGGGAUGUUUUCCAGUUUCGAUUGUCUGGUCAAAGGAUAUCGGCAGAAGGAAGAUCCCUGGAAUGCAAUCUUGUCCGGGUUCAUGACGGGAGGCGCCUUAGCUGCACGAGGAGGGGUCCGGAGCAUGGUGGGAAGUGCAAUCGGCUGCGGAGUCUUACUUGGCGUCUUCGAGGGUGAUCUCGCUCUUCUGCUGAUCCGUCUUCUCAACCUCCUUUUGUUGAUUCUUUCCUUGGGCUUAUCCUCUUCAGGUGUUGGAGUGCUCUUCCAGAGACUUUUUGCAGAAAACAACCGUCCAAUCGCACCCCCGGUAUGUUCCACUUCUCUCUCUCCCCCCUUCCUUGUCCAAACACUAUCCGAAAACUGGGGAAAAAUCUUGAUGUUUUGA